GCGCGCACCCCGCUGUCACCCGGCCAGUGUGCCGGCGCCCCGACCCACGACCGCACGGCAUUCCCCGGGGCUCCGGCGUUUAGCAUCGAAAGAUCGGGAAACCACUUAUUUCGAAUAGGACGUGUAGAGCUGGCAUCAGCGCGCGCAGAUAUGAAAUUAAUAGAGAUGGAAAUCGCGCCCGAGGGGAAGAACUUUCGAUUGGUAACGGAAGACGAGCUCCCGGCGGUUGGCGAUGUUCUAGUGCAGUAUAUGCCUGAAUCUCUUAAGUUUCAUCAGACGAUUCAAACAUAUCUAAACAACAAGGUGUGGGACUUCCAUUUUUAUGUUGCGAAGAAUUGGCCUGAGGACCCGAUUUGCCUGCAUUUCCCCGGAUGUACUGGAUCGCCAAACAUCGCCAACGAUAUAUUUGAAAGCGUGACCGUGUUCUGCCCCUCUGAGCGCGCGGAGCUGGUCGACCUCCUCACGUCAGAAGACAUCCUCCUGGACCUGACGCAGCCGCUAUACCUGAACUUUACGCACGAGGCCAUCGUGAACCGCUUCGAGCGUGUGUACGAGGCCCAUGACAAGAUUACUGGAGAUGUUUAUGCGUGCGUCACGCCGCCGCCGGAUAAUGCUGCUGAUGAGCUCCCACCGGACGUGGAGCUACUCCGCCUGCAGCCCGAAGACAUGAAGGCGGUGUACGACCUGUACCCGGCCAGCGACAUCGAGUGUCGCGAGGUGUUCGAGAAGUUGGUCGCAGAGCUGCCGGCCUACGGCAUCUUUGUUGAGGGCCAGUUGGCAGCAUGGAUGGUGCAGUCCUACUAUGGCGCUAUGUUUUCAAUGCAGACUCGUCCGGAAUUCCGCAGGAAAGGGUACGGAAUAUACCUAGCGCGGCGCCUGACCCGCGAGGUGGCGGCGCGCGGCUACCAGCCCUUCGUGGUGAUCCGGCCGGAGAACGACGCGUCGCGGAACCUGUACCUGAAGCUCGGCUUCGAGAAGCGCUUCCGGACCGUGCGCGCCGUGCUCCGCCCCCGUUAGCCUGAUAAACGUUAAUCACUAGCAGAUUUUAUUUUUUUAACAAUUUUGAAAUCAAAUUUAGCUUGCGAUCAUUGAUCGCUUAGAGAAUUUUAGUAGUAGCUUUAAGAUUGAACAGCUAGCGCUCUCGGCUUUGGAUCUCUUGGGCAGUCUUUAAGCGUUUCAACGUUACCGACGCAGUGCGAGGAUGACCUUCCUGAAGAAUUAACGGGCAUUUCAUUAAAUUGCGUCCAAAUCUGGCCAACAUGCCGCAAACCUUCUUACGAUAAAGCUCGCUAACUGCUUCCGUAGAUUUCGUAGUGCUACCUGCAGAUGUGCUGUGGAUGCACGUUUAGCCUUUAUUGUCCAGAUCCUGAAGAAAAUAAUAGUAAUGAAACCUUUGAAACGCUCAAAGAUUGACUCUGGCCUUUCGAAUCAUGCUUGGCCGCGUGCAAUCAACGAAUGGCCCACUUUUCCCAGCGUAGACACUUUAGCUUCGGCCAAAGACGAGAGCCGUAGCUGAAACUGCGAUUGGCGCCAUAUAGUUACCUGAUCGCACUAUGAUUCAUUCUAACCUGUCUUGAAUUGUAGUAGAGCCAAAAUUAUCUGAAAUUAUGAAUAUUA